GGAGGGAGCCCAAGCCGGGCCCCGCGCAUGCGCGGGGCUCGAUUUGAAAAGAGUGGCGGGAGGGUGGCCGCUCCGCUCCUCUUUGAGGCCUGGGCCAUGGCGCUGCAGCUCACCCGGGAUCAGGGCAUCACCUUGCGAGGCAGCGCCGAGAUCGUCGCCGAGUUCUUCUCAUACGGCAUAAACAGUAUCUUAUAUCAACGUGGAAUAUAUCCUUCUGAAACCUUCACACGAGUGCAGAAAUAUGGACUCACCUUGCUUGUAACUACAGACCCUGACCUUAUAAAUUACUUGAACAAUGUGGUGGAACAAUUAAAAGGUCUUCAAGACCUGAAAGGAGAACUGUUGUGA